AUGGGCCAAGGCCAGUCGACUCCGCCAUCGCUGCAGCGGUCGCACGAGGAGCUCGUAAAAGAGCUGGCAAACCGCUUCGCGCAAAAGUGCUUCACCUCCCUGGAGCUCUACUCGCUCAAGGACAACUUCAAGAGCCUCGCAGACGCCACCGUGGAGAGUCCACACGUCACUCGGGACAGCAGCCAGCCAAAGGACAGUGAGAAUGACGCCGAAAAUGGCAAAAGCGGAACCAGUACCGACAACACGGUCAACAGCAACGGCAGCGGAACAAGCAACAAGACGGCCGAGGAGCACAGCAGGAAGCCCCACGUCCUGCGCUACCUCAAGGAAGACACCGUCGCGCGCUUCCUGGCCAUCCCCGACAUCCUGGGCGUGUCGCCGGUCGUGUUCCAGAUGGUCUCGUACCUCGGAGCCUUCCCCUUUCUGUCCGACGCGCCCGCUGUGCUGGGCCUCGAGCAGCUGGUCAUUGUUGUCACGCUGCUGACCGACCGGUACAAGCGCGUGCUGGCCCACGGUGCGAGCGACCGCCGCACGCUUCUUUUCCGCAGUCUGGCCGUGCACGACCGCAAACUGUUUUCCGACGACAGAAAAGAGGCCGCGGCUGCCGCACGCGCGCAGUCGACUGUGCCAACAGGCAACGAGGGCUUUGCCGUGGACGCGUCCAUUGAUGACAACGACGGCGAAGAGGAUGUCGUGAAGCGCAGUCCUGCCGAUGAGAAUGACGGCUGCGACGACGACCUGCCAAACGACGACAAUGACGAGCUCGCUAUGGCCGCCUUUGAUGCCCUCGACUACAUCAACAGCUCGGUACCCACGGGCCCGAAAGCGUCAGCGAGAAAGGCGGCCGACAUUGCCGCCACGCUCCACGGUGCACGCAUCCCUGCCGACAACUUCCGGCGACUGCUGAUGCUGCUGAUUUUGGUGGCACCACUGGGCCCCCAGGAACCAAUCUCCCUCUACGCCGGCCGUUUUACGGGAGAUGCAUUGGAGAGCCUGCGGGAGACGGCCCAGUGCAUCUUGGCCACGUUCCUCGAUGUCGAGACAUCGCCGGGCAUUAAGUUUGCCCACUUUGAUGCCAUCGUUCCCGUGUGCUUCCCGUUCCUCUUUAGCGGGUUCAAUGCCUUGUUUGAACACUUUUUGUUUUCCAAGAACCUUGACUUGUCACGGACGAAACCUGGCGCUGGCGCCAGCGCCAGCGAUGCAAACACAGAUAGCACCACAACCACUACCACAACAACCCCCCCGCCAACGCUCGCCAGGCGAAAGUCGUCGGCUGCCACGAUUGCAGCAACUAAUAUACCCAUUCCUCCACUCCUCAUCCAAGACUCUGCGAACAAAAUCAUGAACCUCAACAUCCUCUCCCAGCUGUCUUUCUUCCUUCCCGGCUCCUCCCUCUUCCACCGCAUGCGCCCGCUCUACUCGGGCGACAACGACGGCUUCUCCAUGGGCUCCUUUGAGUCCAAGGUCUUUAAUUGGCGUGCGCCGACCAUCCUUCUCGUCAAAGGCACGCGCAUCAGCGACACGCCGCGUGGCCCAGAAGCCACCUUUGCAUCCGCCUUGCCUCCACGGCGAUUCCCGCACGGCAACGGCAAGCGUGUGGACGACGGCGGUGAUGACGACGGCGACGACGAAACACUCAUCUUUGGCGCCUACGUCAGCCAGCCCUGGCGUCUCACGCAUCGCGAUUGCUUUGGCGACAGCGACACCGUGCUGUUCCAGCUGAGCCCUGUGCACGAUGUGUUUGGGGCGUCGACGAUCAACCGCGACUAUGUCGCCUUUGUCAAGCCGACCGCCGCCAACAACCACGCCGGCGGCAUCGGCUUCGGCUGUCCCUCGCCCACGGGCGCUGCUGUCAAGGCCAGCCUCAAGCAGCACCAGCACGUCCAGUCCGCCGUCGAGGGCAUCCUGCCGCUGGGCCCCCUGUCGCUCAUGAUUGACGGCAACUUUGAGUUUGGCGCCAUGACGCAUGACCGGGGACACAGCGCCAAGGCACACGGUGGUGGCGCCGGCGGCGCCUUCCAUCCCAGUGCUGCCCGCUUGUUUAGUUUCCAGGACCGCUUCUCCAUCGAGGCGCUCGAAGUCUGGGGCUGCGGCGGCGACGACGAGGCCAAGGAACAGGCAGAGCGCUGGGCCUGGGAGGCGCGGGAGGCCGAGGCGCGGCGGCGCAUCAACCUGGGCACGGGCGACGUCGACGCAGACCGUGCUCUGUUGGAAAUGGCCGGCCUGGUCGGUGCCAAUCGGAGUGGUGGGAGUAUGAGGUCGCCCAGCGUAUCCAGCUGGCUCCGGCCGUGGCUCUUCCGUACGCCCUUCUUGACCUCGGCGGGCUGUGAUGAUGCUCUGGCCUCUGCCUCGGCCUCUGGUUCUGUUGGUGUUGCCGUCGCUGGUGUUGCCGUGCUGCUCGCGCCGUCGUCCUUCUUGCUUCGUCCACCGCCAAACAGUCCUCCCAGUGCCGCCAGCACACCACCACCGCCUGCGCCGUUGCUUCCUCCAGCGGCGGACGCCUGGGCACGCGCCUCCCGCUCGGCCGCCGCCACCAGCUGCGCCUCCAGCUCCGCCUCGGCCGCCUCGUCGCUCACGCCGCCCGCGGCCCCGGCGGCCCCAGCGGCCUUGCGCAGCUCCUUCCGCCGUGCAAUCCGCUCCCGCAGCGCCUUGUCCUCGGCGUCGCGCGCCUCCAGCUCCUUGACCCACUUCUCCCGCCCACUGCUGCCGCUCCUUUUUCCGGUCGUCGGCGAGGUAGAUGCCGCCGCCGACAAUGGCCAUGAUGGUAAAGCCCUGCGCGAGCACGCGCGCGCGGAACAUGCGCUGGGCCUGGUGGUGGUCGCCCUUGCGGAUGGCGCGGGUGGCGUUGAUAAAGGCGGCGACGGUCAGGACGCAGCCGAUGGGAAUGAGCGGUUCUUUGAGCAGCUUGCGGCCGAAUCGUUGCAGGGGCGUCGACUGAUUUUCGCUGGGAGCCCCGCUCUCGGCCAUCCCAGGACGCUGAAGCCGCUGAUGGUUCCUGUCCCCGGCAAGCUGUAG